GUGUGUCCAGCGGGCGUGGUUAGAGAUGUGAAGUAAAAAGCUGGUACAGCUGAGUGAGUGAGUCCAGGCUAGCUGAGCUGAAAAGACUAAAUCCGAAUGGCGACGACCCAUUACCGAAAGGAGCUGCAGGUCUGCAUCGUGUGAGAUCCCAUGGUGCAGACUUGAGAAUAGAAGACACAGGUUGGGGUCCUGUGGGGACCCAAAAACUCCCCUAUGCCGCAGGUUGAACAUCCUGUGAGACUCAGCAGCCUGUGGCUCAGCAGGGGAACCGCUGCCCGGCGGCCCUGGAACCUCCCAGGGUCCUGGGAAAAUAAGUGUGCAUCUGUGUGACCCUUGCAUGAUGAAGUCUUGCUUGGUUCAUGCUAUAUUAAGAACCUCACAAGUGUAUAGUGCUGUCAUCACAAUCAUUCAGUUCCACUUCUUCCAGUCAGUUUUAACCGUGAUUGGAUGUGGGCUUCCAGGGCUCACUGAUCACCCACAUGUGCUCACCUGUGAAGCAGAACAAAGAGACCUAGAACAUAGAGAGGCAGGAGACAGUGGCUAAGGAUCCAGGGCAGCAAGCCAGCUAUUCAUCCUUACUGAAGACAAAUGCAAAGAAAAAAAGAAAAAAGACAGCAAGAAAUGGCUGAUUCUCCUGGAAAUAAGUCUCAGGAUCUGUUGGCAUUCAGAGAUGUGGCUGUGGAAUUUUCCCAAGAGGAGUGGCAAUACCUGGACUCUACUCAGAGGGCUUUGUACAUUGAUGUAAUGUUGGAGAAUUACAACAACCUGGUGUCUGUGGAGAACUAUUGCAUAUGUGAUACUGUUGAUCAACAUGUGAAUACAGAAAAAGAGUCUUGCCAGUAUAAUGAGCUUGGCAAAAUUCUUCAUGAACACUUCAGAUGUGCACUUUAUAAAACUAGUAUAACUACAGAAACAUCUAAAAACUACAGAUGCUGUAAUGACAGGGAUGUGUCUAAUGACUCAUCAAACCCAGAUAGACAUAAAAUCAUGCUCAUUGGAAAAGAACCUUGCAAAUCUAAAGAGUGUGAGAAAUCUUUCAGUUUGUGUUCCAAUAUUAGUCAAGAUCAGAGACUCUACACUGCAAAGAAAGAGCACGGGCAAGAAGAAUAUGAUGACCAUUUCAGCUCUACACACAGUCUCAUGCAACAAAUAAACUACAUUGGAGAGAAACCACACCAGUGUGGGAAAUGUGGGAAAUGCUUCAGUACCUCCUCAAAUCUCACUGUACACCAGAGAAUUCAUACUGGAGAGAAACCCUACAAGUGCAACCUUUGUGACAAAUCUUUUUCCCAGAGCACAACUCUUAAAACACAUCAAAGACUUCAUACUGGGGAAAAACCUUACAAAUGCAAAGAAUGUGGAAUGUCAUUUCCUUACUUGUCAUCCCUUAAAGUCCAUCAGAAUUUGCAUCCUGGUUCUAAGCCAUACAAAUGUAAGGAAUGUGACAAAUCCUUUACUACAAAGUCAACUCUUAAAAAACAUCAGAGAAAUCAUACUGGAGAGAAACCCUAUACGUGCAAUGUCUGUGGCAGAUCCUUUAGACAAUGUGCAAAUCUUAAAACUCACCAAAGACUUCACACCGGAGAGAAACCUUACAAGUGCAAAGAAUGUGGAAAGUCAUUUACUCAGUCCUCAUCCCUUAAAAAACAUCAGAAUUUGCAUACUGGAAAGAAACCUUACAAAUGUGAGGUUUGUGACAAAUCUUUUACUGAGAAGUCAACUCUUACAACGCAUAAAAGAAUUCAUACUGGAAAGAAACCCUACAAGUGCAACACUUGUGACAAAUCCUUUAACAGUUGUACAAAUCUUAAAACACAUCAAACACUUCAUACUGGGGAGAAACCUUACAAGUGCAAGGAAUGUGGAAAGUCAUUUCCUUACAUGUCAUCCCUUAAAAUACAUCAGAAUUUGCAUCCUGGAGAGAAGCCUUAUAAAUGUAAGGAAUGUGAUAAAUCCUUUACUCUGAAGUCAAGUCUUAUAACACAUCAGAUAAUUCAUACUGGAGAGAAACCCUACAAGUGCAACAUUUGUGGCAAAUCCUUUAACCAAUGUACAAAUCUCAAAACACAUCAAAGACUUCAUACUGGGGAGAAACCUUACAAAUGCAAAGAAUGUGGAAAGUCAUUUCAUUACUGGUCAUCCCUUAAAAGCCAUCAGAAUUUGCAUACUGGAGAGAAGCCUUAUAAAUGUAAGGAAUGUGGCAAAUCCUUUACUGAGAAGUCAACUCUUACAAAACAUCAGAGAAUUCACACAGGGAAGAAGCUCUACAAGUGCAACAUUUGUGACAAAUCCUUCAUCUGGUGUGCAUCUCUUAAGGCACAUAAAAAGUUUCAUACUGGCGAGAAACCUUACAAAUGCAGAAAAUGUGGAAAGACUUUUCCUCAGUUAUCAACCCUUAAAAGACAUCAGAAAAUUCAUGAAGACAAGGGACAUACUGGGGAGAAGCUUUACAAGUGCAAUGACUGUGACAAAUCCUAUACCUACCAUUCGUCAUUUAAAAGGCAUCAGAAAAUUCAUUCGUCAUAGAAAUUAGACAAAUGCAUAGAAUGUGGUAUUUUGACUGUGUAUGUCUGUACACUGAAGAGACACAGGAAGCCUGCCUCUGCACUUCCCUGCUGCUUCGAGGGCUAGAGAAGUUACCACUCCUACCCUUUCCCCUUCGUAGAUGCCUCUGACCUUUGGAGAGGGCAAACAAAGAGGGCCCAGCCUGGCGCCAGAAUAUUGCAAUUCCCCUUUUCUCCUUUCAUAGUAGCACUCCCUUCCCCCUGACACGGGGACAGAUACCAGCCUUGGGAACAGACAAAAACCAGCAUACCCUAGCCUCCCUGUCACCGAGACUCACACUCCCUUUGAUUGAUAACCAACACUUCCCCAGUGCAGAUGACUCCUGCCCUGGAAGGAAGCAGGGACCAAUAUCCUUGAGAUGAUAAAAUGCCCACUCUUGGACCGUGGGAGAAGGGCAAUUAAGUGUUCCCAGAGCGCUUUGACCAGUUUGUAAAAAUAAACUAGCUUCUGCUAGCACAAUGAGUUACUUUUCCCAGGCCAGGAAGGUCCCUUUCCAGCUGCGUGGUUCUGCCGUGCUGUCUGAACAAACGUUAUCAGGUUUAAAGGCUGGCACUCUCUUAUCAAUUCCAAGUCUCUGGUCCGGGGUAUGGCUUUCCUAACCUCCGGAGUGAGAAAGGCUUGCAAUCCAAGUCAGACGAGUGUAAUAAAAACUCUUUGUUCUUGC